AUGGCAGGUCUUCUUUCGAUGGACAAGGUCCUCUUGACGAUCACUGGCCAGGCAAUGAAUUAUGCUGUUAGGUCAGGAAUUCGUGUUACCGGACAGUAUGCUAUCAGCCAAGUAUCUCGGCUUAUGAGAAAAUCGGCGAACAUUGAUGAUACUGACCGCGAUGAGCUCCAAGCGCUUCAGGAAAGACUUCAGGCAAAAAUUCGAAUAAUAUCACCUGCUAUUGAUAUGAUAGAGCUUAUCGCAGCUCGGGGUAACACCUCCCUCGAAUCCGCAGUAACACUCACAAAAGGGUUGAGAUUAGAAAUACAAACUCUUGGGCAGCGGCUAGCAAAUGUUGCGUCAAAGGAAGAGCUCAGCCGCAAAGGCAUUAUUUCAACCACCCAACCAGCAAAGACUAAUACUGAAAUAACAUUGAUCAUCAAAGACAUCAGAAGAUUGUUGGGUCGGAUUGAGGAUACAGUGCCUCUAAUCAAUCUUGCUAUUACUACAUCUGGUGCGAGCUUGUCUACUACUUUACCCCCAACCGUAUCACCAGCACGCCUUCUUCAAGCGAGCACCUUCUUGACCACUGGGGAUACUCAAUACUCAGCUUCCCCAGCAAGAGCAGUUCAGAUUGGUCCUACAUUUAUAUUGUCAAUAUAUCUUUUGUUUGCAGGACACGCCCGUCCUCACGACGAAGAGACCAUCCGAAAUACAACCUGGAAGGAAGUAAUUCACAAGGCGCGGUUAAAACUGCGAAGAAUUCCGAUAGAACUACUAAAUUCUCACCCUUUAGUCCCCGCUCCACCCCUCAAGGCACCAAUUGAGGGCCACAUUCGAGGAAAGGCGAAAGGCGACGAAUUUGCGUAUCAGAUUCUUGUCAUUGAAGACUUGGAUGAUGGUCGAGUCCAUACCUUCGACUCCGAUGAUGAAGGACCAUGCUCUUUUGAGGAUAUUGCGAUAGCGGGUAUUAGAGAAACCAUCCCACUACACCAGAUAUCAAAGAUUUUCUACGCAGAUACUGGUAAGAUUUUGAAUAUCGGCAGUGAAGGGGAAGCCAAUCACCCAGUGCUACUGCUGAAACGUGACGUGAAUGCCAUUCCACCCCGAAAGAUGAUUGAUGAAGCAGAGGCAGAAUACGACGAUUUUAUUCAAAAUUGCCCUGAUAGCUUUGAUCCUACUGAAGGAGAAUCAAGUCCAAGUACCCCCGCAAUAUUAGAAUCCCCCCUAGCCGAUCGCUGGAGAUUUCCUCCGGACCUAGAUUUGGAAUGGAUUGCAUUUGAAGUUUAUAGUGAAUCUGAAGAUUCCGAUUCUGAAGACGAGUCAGAUUCUCAGGAAUUGUCGCCCACUCGCUCACCUACUAAUCCUCGAUUGGGUGCUGGACUGUCAAAAUUACGCCUUGAUGAGGAUCCACAAUCCUCACAAGUUACGGUGGCCGAGGAACAUCUCCAGACGGUCUCUGACCCUCGAUUCCGAAAUAUCAAGAGCUCUCUAUCUCUUUUAGAGAUGCUUCUUCGUCUAACAUCUCUUCAGCAAUUUCAGCAACAAUCCCACCUUUCUUGCUCCGAUGAGCUGCUAAACUUUUUCCUAGAAGAGUCUUCCACCACUGGUGCUGGUGGCGAUGAAAACCAUCGUCGAAGAGUUCGUGCUGAAGCUCGUCGAAAAGUUGGUUGGGAUCCUUAUGAUGAAAGCCCAGUGAAACGGCGUGGGGAAGAGUAUCAGUACCAGGCGGGUCAUGAUGGAAACUCUUGGGCUCGGGGCUCUCCUCACUGGCAGUCAAGUGCAGGGCCCUACACACCAAGUACGACACCGCUAUCAAAGGAUCUUUGGUCUAUCGAUAACGGCCGCCGUAAAAGCUUGCGGGGAGUUGUAGAUGGAAACGUCACUAGGGAAAGGACAGUAUCUCCAUCUCCUAACGCCAUUCCCAAAGAUACGACGGAGCGAGGAAUACGCCGAAAUAGUAAUAGAGCUUCUUGA